AACCUCUCCACUUGCUCUCAAUCCAACCCACGUCUCUCAAUUUCACCCCAUACCCCUUCAUAGUCAAUCAAGAUGACCUUCUACCAUACCGCCGAGAACAUCCGCAUCGACGACGGUCACGUUCUCAGGGCUCGCCUCCAGACUGCCGACGGCGAAUGGAACGACUCCGAGAUCGAUCUCAACCAACAUGUUGGAAACGACAACGGACACUUCUGUUGGGACGGCGAGAACUUCUCUCACUCAGCUGAAAACAUCCAUUUCGCACUCGAGGGAGAUGGCGACGUUCCUGUUCUUCGCGCUACACUCAUGGACGCCGAAGGCAACAGCCAGGAGCGCGACCUCAAUUUGGGUGAGCGCAUCAGCAACGAGAACGGCAACUUCCAGUUUGCAUAGAGCUUGCCUGUGAAGGACGACGGUAGUUGAGAGUUACGAUCCAGUCUCAAGACAAUGACUGAGAUACGUGAUGGACUAUGUAGGUUAGCAUAGGUUCGAUUAGCCUAACGAUUCACAUGAAUAAAAAAAAUAGAACAAAUUCUUAAUAAGUAUUGGAACAAGGUCCCUCUAGUAGUAUGACUACUAUGGAUAACCGAGUGGGAGGAGGGAUAAGGCGGGGUGGCUGCAACGUAUUGUAUUGACUAUCGUGUUGAGUGUCUCUCAGACUUUUGCUGUUGUGGUGGGUGCUAUUGCCCACCGGGCAGUGCCUGCCACACCAGCACAUCACGUGACUCUCAAUCACCUUCUACCCUGGACUGAACCCAGAUAUUCUCAACAAUAAGAUAUUUUAUACUCUCUUUCUCUAUCUAUACUAUGAGCAAUCAUUCACCCCACCAUUUAUGGCGAACUUCCUCCAUCUUGAAUAUCUCAGCUCUUGGUCGGUCGAGAACCUUAUCAAGCAUACCCUGCCAUUCCGUUCUCGUGACAUUGCCAAACCAGGCCGAUGUAUACUCCUAAUAAUGGGGAUACCGUCCUGAAAACUCCCAAUCAAUGAGUCCAACCACUUUGCCACCCCGAACGAGGAUAUUGAACGGAUUUAGGUCGCCGUGGGUAAAGACUGGCGGCGGCCAUGAUCCAUCCUGUUUGCUUAUCAUGUCCUGGAGGUCAUGCCAAUCCUGAUCCCUUUCCCGGUCUUUGAGAUCUUCUAGUUUCAGGUCUUUUCUAAGCCAAAAAUGAAAUUCUUAGAUUGUCCUGAACGGACCGAAUCGUGGAUUCCCCCGCGACAUGCGGGAGUCAUACAAAGAGCCUUUGACACGGCUUUCAACACCCGUACUUGGAGGAGGUGUCAGGGCGCGUAGCUCUUCAAAAAUACUUCUCAACUGUGCGAAAAUACCCGCGAUUGAUUCUUUAGGCAAUUUAUUCCACGCUUUUGGCAGUUCCUCGCUUUGGAUCCUCUCCAUAACGAUGUACGCUCUGUUUUUGUGCAGAAACGAGCAAUAUACCUUCGGGACGGGAACAGUAGUCUUUUCAGCUAGGUAUUUCAUAGUGGCGCCUUCUGUCAGAUGGACUCUACGACCCGUCUUCACAAUUUUGUGUUUCGAUAUUGGGACGCAGAGCCCAUCACGUGAAUAGAACUUCGCUGUAGUAUGCAACGCUAGUCGUGUCGAGAAUCAAAAGUGUUGUUGAUGGCGAGAUGUUCGGUCCCGGCAUGCUGAGCUUCGAUGUCAUAUGCAGGCGGAACGUAUAGAGAUGACAUUCCACCAUUGUGUGGAAAGAGGAU